GAAACAUAUGAGAAGUUGAGAACUAAGACGCUUGCUUGAUGUAUCAUGUGAAUAAAAUAUUAGCCAAAAAGAGAUUAUAUAAAGCUUAGCCUUCUUCCAUUCAGAGACACUAAGAACCGUAGAAAAAGUGACAACAGUGUGAAGCAAAAUCCAAGGUAGGUAGUUCAACUCUUACAUCUACUUCAGUAUUUUAUUGUUUGUUCCUUCUUCCUGCUUCUAUGAAGUUUGUUUAUGGACUAUAUAUCUGAAUUGCUGAAGUUUUCCCUGAAACUGUGUGGUAUUAGAGAUUGAAAUUAGUAAAUUACCUAAAAUUACUUAUUUAAUGCAAGAGUGAUUAUUAAUUUGAUAUUCAAGUUGAAUGAGUUUGGAUAUCAUUCUUAUUCUGUUAUAAUUGACUAGUUCGAUCUAUGUAGAAUAGAAAACAGAAUCUGUUAUUUUUCAAUUUAAGGUGGUUAUUGAGAUGAUAUGUAAUGAAAUCAGAAUUGUAAUCAAAAUGAGGUAUUCUGGGUUCCAUGAGGUAAUUGAAUUGAUCAUGAUGUCAGAACACUAGUGUGCCUUUUAAUUUGGACAAGUUAAUCUCUCAGGUAUGCAUAUUGAUUUUUCUUAUUAUUUGAGACAAGUCAUCAAUCUUAUAAAAGAAAGGGAGAAGUAAACUCAUGCUAUUUUAACACUUCACAUGAAUGACCAAAAUAAAAAGGUCAUGUGACUUUUUCUUAAUUGAUUAUGUAACCUUUUUAACAACCGUAUAUUGUUACACAACCACCAUUUGCUCUUACUCUUUCUCUUGCAUAAAAGUAAAACUACUCUUCUGAGUUCUGACUAGAUACAUCCUUUUAUAUAUGGAAAGUGUAUGUUAAUUGAGGGCACUGAUUUUGUAUGUAUGAAGGUGAAGAGUGAAUUUGACUAGUUAGAUCUUUCGUUAAUAGUUGAGAUUAUAAUAUAAAGCCGCAUUUUUUUUGAGUGAUCAUGUGACUUCUUAAUAACUUUAAAUAUUUACCAUCUAUAUGUAAUAUUAUACGAUCUAGAUUUACGUUUUUUCUUUUAUUUGAUUUUAUUUCCAUCUGAUUUUCCUAUUUAUGUUUUCUAUUUUGUUAGUAAUCAUAUUUUCUGUUUACUUACAUUGUUACACACGGAAGGACUGACUCAAACGUCAUUUGACUUCUUUGUUUACUUGAAAAUAUGAAAGCACACUCCAAAUGGAUCUGCAGAAAUUGAAUCUCGAUUAUACAAAUGAAACCAAAAACUCUUUUGUGAGGGACCAAAACUAUGCACAUAUUGAAUCUUUAUUGAGAACCCAACCAAGAGAAGUUCAAGUAAUUGGAGUCUGGGGCAUGGGCGGUAUAGGUAAGACAACCAUUGCUGCUGCUAUAUUUGAAGAGUUCUCUCCCAAAUAUGAAGUCAAUUGUUUCUUGGCAAAUGUAAGAGAAGAAUCAUCAAAGCAUGGAGUCAAAUACAUAUUCAAUAAGCUUCUUUGUGAGUUACUACAAGAAGAUAUUCAUAUUGAUAAUCCCACAAUCAUAUCCUCUACUAUUUUGAGUAGAUUGAGGCACAAGAAAGCUCUUAUUGUUCUAGAUGAUGUGAAUAGUUCUGAUCUUCUUGAUAAUUUUCUCGGAGUAGGACAUGAUUAUCUAGGAGUUGGUAGCAGAGUUAUUGUGACAACUCGAGAUAAGCAUGUCCUUACAAGUAGAGCAGUUGACCAAAUUCUUGAAGUCAAGGAAAUGAACUAUCAUAACUCCCUUAAACUCUUUAACUUGAAUGCCUUUAACCAAAUCCAUCCACCUGAGAAUGGAUUCCAGGAGCUAUCGAAGAGAGCAGUUGCUUAUGCCAAAGGCAACCCUUUAGCUCUAAAGAUUUUGGGAUCGUUUCUUCGUUCCAAAAGUGAAAAUGAGUGGGACAGUGUACUAAAAAAAUUGAAAGGAACUCCUGAUGCAAAUGUUCAUAAGGUGUUGAGAUUGAGCUUUGAUGAAUUGGAUGAUGCAGAAAAGAAUAUAUUUCUAGACAUUGCAUGUUUCUUCAAAGGGGAAGAAAGAGACAAAGUAAUAAUGAUAUUGAAUUCCUGUGGUUUCCAUGCAAAUAUAGGGAUAAGAAACCUUUUAGACAAGGCUCUGAUAACAAUAACCAAAAUGAAGAGAAUACAAAUGCAUGACUUGAUACAAGAGAUGGGUCAAGAAAUUGUUUGUGAAGAGUCUGCUAAAAUUCCUGGGGGACAAAGUAGAUUGUGGAACCCUGAUGAAGUUUGUGACAUACUGAAGAAUGAUAAAGGGACUGAUGCAAUUGAAAGCAUAUUCUUGGACAUGACUCAAACCACAGAUCUACAUAUAAGCUCCAAUGCAUUCAGAAAGAUGCCAAAUCUAAGGUUACUUGCCUUUGCUGAUAGCAUUGGUCAUGGGAGAAGGAGAACCAACAAUAAUUUGUAUCUUCCAACAAAUCUUGAGUUACCUAAUAGCUUGAGAUAUAUUCAGUGGGAUGGAUAUCCAUUGAAAUCUUUACCAUCCAUUGGUUGGCCUAAAAACUUGGUUGAGAUUUCCAUGCCAGACAGCAAUGUCGAAAAACUUUGGGAUGGAGUACAGAAUUUACCAAGUUUAGAGAUAAUCGACCUUCGAGGCUCCAAGCGCUUGAUAGAGUGUCCAAAUUUCUCAGCCACCCCAAAUUUAAAAGAAGUAUGGUUCAAUUUCUGUGAAAGCUUGACUCAUGUUCACCCUUCUAUUUUCUCUCUUGAGAAGCUUGAGUUUUUAGCUGUGUAUGGAUGCAAAGAACUCAAGAGCCUAUGCAGUAGCAAUUGUUCACCUUCUCUUCAUACAGUGGUUGCCUAUAACUGCCCUAAUCUCCAAGAGUUCUCAGUCCCAAUUCUGCAUCAAGAUUCCAAAAUUCAUUUGCAUUUGAGAUCAACUCCUUUGAAAGAACUUCCACCAUCAAUUCUGCAUCUUAAACACCUUGUAAACUUCUCUUUUCCAAUUAGCAAGAAUCUUGCAAAACUUCCUGCAAAUUUUGCUAAUCAAAUCAUGCUUUCUGACAUCAGUGAACACGAGCAAGACGCGGUCGCCACUCUGCAUUCAGUACUACCCUGCCCUGUAUUCAAACAUGUAAAGCUUCUCAAAUUUGAUAAUUGCCAUAGCUUAACCGAACUCCCUGACAACAUCUCUUUGUUAUCAUCAUUAGUGAAACUAAGCUUUCAUAAAACCAAUGUCAUAGGCUUACCUGAAAGCAUUAAGUUUCUUCCACAACUCAAAGUUCUUAAAGUUUGUCACUGUGAAAUGCUGCAAUUUAUACCAGUGUUUCCACCUUCUAUUGAAUGUCUUCAGGUAUGGGAUUGUAAAUCUUUGAAGACAACAUUGAGUUUGGAAAGUGAAACACCCAAACAACAUGCAGGUACUUUCAUAUUCCUGGACUGCAUGAAUUUGGAUGAAAAUUCAUGCAAUGCCAUUCUGAAAGAUGCUAUUGCUAGGACAAAAUGUUGGAUGGAAACAAUACUAACAAGCGAAUCAGAAGUCUCGGAAGAACAACGAGACAAUGAAGAUCAUAAUGUGAUUAAUUUUGGGAAGAUCUGUUAUUUCUUUCCUAUAAGAGGUAGCAUACUUCAAGAGUUUUUCCAUGACUACUCUGCUCAAUCUUCAAUUAGUACCCAAGUGCCUCCAAGUUCUAACUUGUGUGGGUUCAUGUUCUACCUGGUUCUUUCUGAAGCACAUUCAUGCAUCAUUGAUGAACUUGUUAUUAACUUUGAGUGUGAAUGUUACUUGGAAACAAGUUGGGGAGAAAGUAUCCAUGUAGCAAGUUCCGUCGUCGUCGAAUGGGGCUGCGAUAUGAUCAUUGGAUACCAUCUGAAUGUUAUGCCGGAUCAUGUGUUGUUAUGGUAUGAUGAAGAAUGUUCAAAGCAGAUAAUGGAAACAGUUAAAGGAAGAGAAGCAAAUAGUGAAAAGAAGUCCCAUUUUAAUGCAAAGAUGACAGUUAAGUUGGUUGCUAGGCUACCAAAUAAAGAGGAAGCAAUGAUAAAAGAGUGUGGCAUCCGAUGGAUAUAUUCAAAUGUGGAGGCAGGAUCAUCAAGAGAGCAGAGAUCCAAGAGAAUCAUGGAAGAUGAAGACUAGAAGUGAAAAGCACAAGGAAGGAUACCUGCACCUUCUCCACUGCCUCUCGUUGCAGCCACCUUAUAUAAUUAAUUAAUCAUUAUUGUGUCGUUAAUCUUUCGUUGGAGGUCCUUUUCAAAAGUUGAUGACAUAAUCCAAUAGUGUGAAUUGAUGGAAAAUAAAGGAGAAUGACUCAUUGACUUUUCCCUUUCUUUCGGACUAGUCAUGUUUAAAAAACGAUGUAUUCAGUAACAAAUUAAAAAGUGUGAUUCUCAAAAAUGUGUAUGUGUGAGAGAGAGAGAGAGAGAGUAUUUAGAUGAAAUCCUAGGUGAGAGUGUGGAAUAUGUUUAC